AUGCGUCUCCCUUACGUUGUUGCUGGGCUGAUCGCCUUCAGUGCGAGUGUCUCGGAGCCACGCGUUGUUGCGCCUCAUGCCAACUCACUCAUCUCGAGAAGAGUCCCAGCCGAGCUUGUUUCCGUCACCCCGACGAAAGAGGACCGGGAGGCUUCUGAAGCCAACAAGCCCGACUCGGAUGACUCCGAAGGCAAUGGCCGGGUUCAUGCCAGUGUCCAUGAAGCCUCUGAUGUCCGCCCAGGGUCCUCCAAAUCGGUCUUCAGGACCAUCAUCCCCGGAACGCAGUCCUCAUCCGGCCCUCAGGGGGAUAGCUAUACCAGGCAACCCGCUUCCUCGGACAAGGCCUUGCCGACCGAAGGCCUCACCCACCUGAUCAAACAGGUCACCAAGGGUGAUGACCACUCCGAGAAAGAGCACGCUCCUUCAGCAAAGGUCGAAGUUCAUCCCCCACAGCCUGCGGCCGCCCUGCUCAGAGCCAUCGAGCAUUUUCGCGAUGAAGUGACCCAUGAUGUCCCAUCCCAAAUCCCGGGCGACAUUCCUUCCCCCACUCACUUGGUCACACCAGCCAUCUCCAAGCUGCCGCUCCAUCAGUCAGCUCAUGACGGUGAUCAGCAAGAGAGCACCUUCCCUCCUUUGCCCCAAGUCGCCAAAGCGGUUCAAUCAGUCGUUGCACAAAACCCUGGAGGUUCGCGCAACGCAGACCCAACUAGUGUGAUCAGCCCAGUCAUCUCUAAUCUGCCGGUGCUCGGCGACGGAAACGCCGGCCCUCUUAGCAGCGUGCCGGUCGUCGGUGGUACACACUCCCUUCCAGUUCCAUCCACCCUGGCCAAUCGAGUCCUGUCUGACUUGCCGGUUGGCAAUGGAGGCUCCGGCGCUCCUCUCACCCACUCUCUCCCAGUUGACCCAACCACCUACGUCAGCCCGGUCAUUUCAAACUUGCCAGUGGGCCAGUCAGCCGGCAACGGAAGUCCCCUGCCAGUAGACCCAUCCGCUCUGGUCAGCCCAGUCAUCUCGAAUCUGCCCAUCGGUCAAUCCGCCGGUGGCGGAAGCCCCGGUUCUCCAUUGGAUUCCCUUCCAGUCGACCCGUCCAACUUGAUCAAUCGAGUCUCCUCCCAUUUGCCAGGUGCCGGUGGUGCCGGAUCCCCAUUGAGCUCUCUUCCAGUAGACCCGACCACCUUGGUCAGCCCGGUCAUCUCGCACUUACCAGUAGGCCAGUCAGCCGGCAACGGCAGUUCCGGCUCGCCUCUGAGCUCUCUUCCAGUGGACCCAUCCACCUUGGUCAGCCCAGUCAUCUCCAACCUGCCUAUCGGCCAAACUUCCGGCAACGGAAGCUCCGGUUCUCCCUUGAGCUCUCUUCCAGUCGACCCGUCCAGCUUGGUCAAUCGAGUCUCCUCAGGUUUGCCAGGUGGUGGUGACGGCAACUCCGGAUCCCCAUUGGGCUCUCUUCCAGUAGACCCAUCUACCUUAGUUGAGCCGGUCAUCUCGAGCUUGCCAGUUGGCCAGUCAUCGGGUAACGGCAGUCCUGGUUCGCCUCUGAGCUCUCUUCCAGUAGACCCAUCUGCCUUGGUCACUCCAGUCCUCUCCAGUCUUCCCAUCGGCCAGUCCGCCGGUAGCGGAAGCCCUGGUUCGCCCUUAGACUCCCUACCAGUCGACCCGUCCAACUUGAUCAAUCGAGUCUCCUCUCAUUUGCCAGGUGCUGGUGGUGCCGGAUCGCCAUUGAGCUCCCCUCCGGUAGACCCAUCCACACUGGUUAGCCCGAUCAUUUCGAACUUGCCAGUUGGCCAGUCCGCCGGUGACAGCAGUUCCGGAUCUCCUCUGGGCUCUCUUCCAGUAGACCCAUCCACCCUGGUCACCCCGAUCAUCUCCAACCUGCCAGUAACUCAAGGCGGUGGCUCUCCUUUGGACUCUCUUCCGGUAGACCCGUCAAAUGUGGCCAAUCAAGUUAUCUCAAACUUGCCGGUACCCGGUACCGGAAGCUCUGGUUCGCCUUUGAACUCUCUCCCAGUUGACCCAUCCAACCUGGCUAGUCGAGUGAUUUCCAACUUGCCGGUACCCGGCGGCGACGGCAGCUCCGGCUCCCCGCUGAACUCCCUCCCAGUCGACCCAUCCAACUUGGCCAGCAAAGUCAUCUCAAACUUACCCGUCGGUGACGGAAACUCUGGCUCCCCUUUGAGCGCUCUUCCAGUGGACCCGGCAAACUUGGCCAGUGGCGUCAUUUCAAACUUGCCUGUGUCUCCAGCAGCUGGCAGCUUGAUUCCCGGAUCUCCUUUGAAUUCUCUUCCAGUUGACCCGUCAACCUUGGCCAACCAGGUUGUCUCAAACUUACCGGUCGGCCAAUCCACUGGUGACGGCAGCUAUGGCUCCCCUUUGAGCUCUCUCCCAGUUGACCCAUUGAACUCUCUACCAGUGGACCCAGCCAACUUAGCCAGUCGAGUCAUCUCAAACCUGCCAGUUCCCCAAGCGCCCGGAAGCGGCAGUCCUGGAUCCCCCUUGAAUUCUCUCCCAGUCGACCCCUCAAACUUGGCCAACCAAGUUGUCUCAAACUUACCCGUCGGCCAAUCCACUGGUGACGGCAGCUAUGGUUCCCCUUUGAAUUCUCUUCCAGCAGACCCAUUGAACUCUCUCCCAGUCGACCCAGCCAACUUAGCCAGCCGAGUCAUCUCAAAUCUGCCAGUACCCCAAGCCACCGGUAGCGGGAUUCCUGGAUCUCCCUUGAGCUCACUCCCGGUCGAUCCGGCAAACUUGGCUAGUCAUGUAGUCUCAAACUUGCCCGUCGGUCAAUCAGCUGGAGACGGUAGCUCCCCCUUGAGCUCUCUUCCCGUGGACCCAUCGACCUUGGUCACCCCGAUCAUCUCGAACUUGCCAGUUGCCCAACAAGCGGGCAACGCAAUCCCCGGAUCUCCCUUGAGCUCCCUUCCAGUCGACCCAACCAACUUGGCUAGUCGAGUCAUUUCAAACUUGCCGGUCGGUCAAUCAACUGGUGACGGUAGCUCCGGCUCUCCCUUGAGUUCCCUUCCAGUCGACCCGACAAACUUGAUUAGCCCGGUCCUCUCAAAUUUGCCAGUCGCUCAGUCAGCCGGUAACGGUUCCACGUCCCCUCUGAGCUCUCUCCCUGUUGACCCAUCCAACUUGGUCAGCCCGGUAACCUCUCACUUGCCAUUGGGCCAAUCGGCUGGUGGUGCAGGCCUCCCAAUCGACCCAUCCAACUUAGUCAAUCGAGUUGCCUCAAACUUACCUGGAGCUCAAGCAUCCGCCGGUGCAAGCGCUCCGGUCAACCCAUCCAACUUGGUUCACCCGGUCCUCUCAAACCUACCAAUCGGUCAACCCGCCGUCGGAGUAAACUCUGGAGCUUCUUCCCUUCCAGUACCGAUCGUCUCUCACUUAGUCCAGCCUGUUUUUGGAGCCGUCUCCAACUCGCCCAUCUCUAGCUUACCCAUCCACAACAGCAAGCACAGUGAUCACUACUGA